GCCACAAUUUACAACUCUCUCUUCCUCUCUCCCAUCCAUUACCCUCACUAUCUCUCUCCCACUCGCAUCAUGGCUUUCCGAGGCACGGAAAGUCCCAUGGACUUUGAGUGGCAAGCCCAUGGUCCUGUCGACCCAACCUCCCCAUUCCACAAACACAUCAUGGACGCUCAAGCAAAGAAGAGGACACAUCGCGAAUUCGAGUCGCCCAAGAAACCUGCUUUCCCUGCCCUCCGCGAACCCAACAACCAGCCAUACUUCUUCUCAAAUGCUCCUCCCACACCUACAACAACCUCACCAUUCAGAGCGUCGUCAUUCACCACUCCGCGAAAACCAUUUGACAUUGAUUUCUCUUCUGGCCCUGAGAACUCAUCGCCUCUAGCUCCCACCGACAAUGAUGAUACCCCCGACGGCAAACCUCUACCCUAUGAAUUCAAGAGUAGCCCGGUCAAGGAAAAGAAGAGAAACUCCCUGUUUGGCUUUUAUGGGAGAUUUGCACCCAGUCCAGGCCGAGGCGAAAUCCGUAAACCUACUAGCGAUGCCAUAGCCAAACGCAUCCACAAGAAGCGUCGCAAAGCCCAAAAAUUUGACCGACAGUUGGUUCUUGGACGAAGAGAGAGUGCAGACGAUAGUGACGAUGAACCUCUACCCAGUCCAACCCACGACAAGAAACCGCCCGUCCAAGAAGUCGGAUGGAUGACGGGAUUGUUUACAUUUCUCCACACAUAUCCGGACGCCCCUUCAAUCAUUGCCAAAUAUCUACAGGUCUUUUUCAACGCCGCCAUCCUUAGUGCAUGUCUGUACAUGCUUUGGUCCUUCUAUGCCACCAUUCGAGCCGACGUGGAUCGAGCCAGUGAUGAUGCCAUGGCCGAAGUGUUGGCUGAGAUGGCCACGUGCUCCAAGAAUUACAUUGAAAAUCGAUGUGCGGCAGAUACGAGGCUACCUGCUUUGGAAACAGUGUGUACCAACUGGGAGCUGUGCAUGAACCGAGACCCUUCGGCGGUGAAGCGAGCCAGGCUCAGUGCACAUACAUUUGCCGAGAUCUUUAACAGUUUUGUGGAGCCAAUUAGUUUGAAGACCAUGUUGUUUACUAUUACAAUGGUGGUCGUAGGUCUUUUGGUCAACAACUGGACCUUUACCUCGUUUCGACGACAGCAAGAAAGCUAUGCAUAUCGACCGGCAUCAGGCUCAUACAUGCAUCCUGGACAACAAGCUGCAAAUAUUGGACAUUUCAUGGCGUCACCAGGCCUGCCAUAUGGGCAACAGCCUUUUAUGGGAUGGCAUGGUGAGCGUGAUGAAGGACAACAAGCCAUUGGAUAUCAGAGAAGUCCAAGCAAGGAACAUCGAUCUCGAAGCAGGAGUCCAGAGAAGAAAAAGAUGCUAUUGUAAUGUACAAAGAUGGUCAUGACAUAUAGAAUAGGUUGAAUGAUCAUGUCC